ACCUCUAGCUCUUGUUUAUUUAUGAAUGGGAAUGAACUCCUCUUUUCUCCAUCCUUUCAUUUAAAGAAGAUCCAUUGAUUCUCUGUCUUCGUAUAGUGUCGUUCUCUGUUCCCUCUUAAAAGCCAUCCUUUUGUCCUCAUCCAUUUACUCUGGCUUGGCUUGUUUGUUGUCUGGGGUAACGCUGUUGCUGGGGAUGAUGUCAGAACACAUUCAGCUCUCAGUAGCCCUGUUUAGGAUUGGCUUUUACACGUGUCUCCAGAAGUUGUGUUGUAUGACCCCCCCUCCUGCUAGACCAGAGUAUGAUGUUGUGUGCAUUGGACUGAGUGGAGCUGGCAAGACCAGUCUGUUAUCUCGCUUGUGCAAUGAGAUCAGUGAUGGCACAGUACCAACCUCAGGUUUCAGCAUCAAGGCAUUGCCAUUUGAAAAUGCGAUACUGAAUGUGAAGGAACUAGGAGGAGCUGAAAGCAUCAAGAAAUACUGGAACCGAUAUUAUCAAGGUUCCCAAGGUGUGGUGUUUGUCCUCAACACUGCCGCAUCAGAUGAAGAGAUGGAGGCGUCCCGGUCUGAGCUCCAUUUGGCCAUGCAGCAUCCUCAGCUGUGUACCCUUCCAUUCCUUAUUCUCGCCAACCACCAGGAUUCACCAACUGAGAACUGGGAAAGUAAAAAGUGGUGGGCCAGUGAAGGGAAUAAGGAAGGGUGGGAGGUGUCCUUUCACUGGCCCCCUGAGCCCCAUUGUGUGGUCUGCUUUGCCACCAACCAGACCUCCUCCAACCGCCAAGAAUCCGCUCCAGAAAGUUCUCCUUCGUCUCUGCUGGUCCCGUUAAGCUCUCCAUUGUCUCCAGAGUCUCUGUCACCUCUGCUGGUCCCGUCCAGCCCUCCUUUGUCUGAGUCCCCAAAGUUAGCCCUGCUCCUCCAGAGCGUCCCCCAGAAUUCCUAG